AUGAUUGCCGACGCUACCGACAAUGUCCAAGCCCUGAACGCUGCUGAAAAUGCCGGAUUCUUUACACGGACCGAGCAUGAUAUCUCCACCCGGAGAUUGAGAAGAUUCAUCGCCAGAGAGCUUCUUCUCCCGGCCGGUAGACCACCAUCAUCUGCUGCAUUUUGGACAAAGAAGGGUAGAGUAGACUGGGAAUCUGUCCGAGUCCAGCACUGGUCAUUAGCUCUGGAAUCGGUGAUGAACGGUGUCUGCAACGUCGGCGCUCUGCUGAUGUUCCUUUCAGAGGACAGAUUCAAAAGAACAUUCUACCAUGUGAAGGCGCCCUCAGAAAAUGACCACUGGUUAUUUUGGAGAUUGGUACAGCCUUGCAUAUUUCUACCAGCCGUGAUUCAGAGUCCUUUGAAGACGUACCCGACGGUGACGGGGGAGCGGUUUACUAGCAAUGGGAUGAGGAACUUUGCUGCAGUAGGAUAA